CCUCGGGGGCGCGCCUGCGUGUGCGUGUGUAAUCGUCGGGAGCGAGCGGACCCGGAUCAAAACAGUACCGCGUCCAGUUUUGCUCAUUUUUAGUGUUAAAGCUCCUGAAUCAGGCAGCAGACGAGUCGAGUCCAGUUACAGACAGAAUGGAACACUCGCCGACCACCUCCAGCCUGAUGGCGAGUAACGUGACCAACAAGACCGACCCGCGUUCCCUCAACUCACGCGUCUUCAUCGGCAACCUCAACACCAUGCUGGUGACCAAAGCCGACGUAGAGGCCAUCUUCAGCAAGUACGGCAAGAUCGUGGGCUGCUCCGUUCACAAGGGCUACGCCUUCGUCCAGUACGCCAACGAGAGGAACGCUCGCGCUGCCGUGGGAGGAGAGGAUGGACGGAUGAUCGUCGGACAGGUGCUGGAUAUUAACCUGGCAGGUGAACCCAAACCCCACAGAUCAAAAACCAUCAAACGCUCUGCAGGAGAUAUGUACAGUCCUUCGUUUGAUCUGGAUUACGACUUCCAGAGAGAUUAUUAUGACAGGGUUUACUCUUACCCGUCCCGGGUACCUCCUCCUCCUCCCCCGCUGUCCCGGGCCGUGAUCCCCUCGAAGAGACCGCGGGUCAGCGUUAGCGGAGGAUCCCGCCGGACUAAAAGCAGCUUCUCCACCAAGAGCAGCCAGAGGACCUCCCGCACCAUGAGGACUGAUGACCUGCUGGCCAUUAAGAAGGAACUGACUCAGAUUAAACACAAGGUGGAUUACCUGCUGGAGAGCCUGGAGCGCAUGGAGAGAGAGCACAGCAAAAAAUCAGAGGUGAAGAGCAUUAAAUCAGACCAGACGUCUCCUCAGCAUCUCAGCGUGAAGAAGGAGCGAGAGAGCGCCGAGAUAAACGACUACGAGGAAGAGGGGGAUCUGCUGGAGGACGAGGAGGAGAUGAAGAGUAGGGGACGGGAGGAUGAUGAAGAGGAAGAUGAUGGAGAGCAGGAGGAAGGAGAAGAUGAUGGAGACAGCGCUAACGGAGACUCUUAAACAAGCUCUCUCUAUAAUGUUCACACACACACACACACAUUUACAUACACACACACUCAGACUUUACAGUGGAUGAAGGUGUGUGUGUGUGUGCAGAUCAAUCUAGUUAUAUAUUCUUCAGUUAAAGACGGAACAUUGUGAAUUAAAUCCAUAUUUCAAUUUUUCACCACUUUUUAUUAUUAUUUAUCUAUUUUAUCGUUUCAUCCAUUUUUCUCUUUCUCUCCUUUCGCUUCUUACCAUCCUUACACACAUUUUUCCAGCCUCAUCUUUUAUUUAUUAAAUUUAAUUUUUACAGCUUCUUCUUUCAGCAUCAUUUAAAGUUUCUCUGCUCUAAUUUAUUGUUGCGCCGCCACUCCUGACCAGCUGGUGUCAGUGUAGCUCACGGUUUCCGAGGUGCAGAUCAGCUGGGUUUAAUAGUGAACUGGUUUUACAGGGUGAGUAAUAGUGAGCAGGAGAGAAGUUUGUACAGAAAUCCUUAAAUUUCCUCCAGUCUGGGAUUGUGUUUGUGAAAAUCGUGAGAAACGUGUUUCCUCUUUGUUUGCGUUUUUUGUGUCUGUGGAAUAAAUUUCAGUAAAACUCGA